AUUUAACGUACUUUACGGGUAUUUUAAUGCUUUUACGUUAUGUGCACGCAGCACAAAUAUUGAAAGAACCGUAAUGCCGACUUCAAGAUUUGCUGAAACCUCUGAAGAGGAGAGGGGAGAGAAAAUAGCUAGCAUCAUGUCUAGUAAGUUUAACAACAAGAAAACUUUAAAAGCGAACAAAGGUGCUGCGAGGAUUUUUAAAGAUUAUUUGACUGAGAAAGGUCAAAGUGAACAUUUUGAAGAAUUUGACUGUGCUAAACUGGAUGAGAUGUUGGGGCGAUUUUACAUGGAUUUACGGAGAGAAGAUGGCACACCUUACAAAAAUAAUACGCUGGAGACGAUACGUUAUGGUCUCAAUAGAUAUUUAAAGUCACCUCCUUUCAACAGAAAAAUCGAUAUAUUAAAGGAUUCUUCAUUUAUAGACAGCAACACUUGUUUUAAGUCUGUGAUAGCGGAAGCCAAAAGAAUGGGAGCGGGGGUUGUUGUCCACCACCCAGUUAUUUCGGAUGCAGACUUAAAAUUACUGUAUACCAGUACGCAGCUGUCUAUAGCAACACCUAUGGGUCUCUUCAAUAAAGUCCAGUUUGACAUCCGAAUGUAUUUUUGUCAACGAGGGAAUGAAAACUUGCAUGCAAUGACCAAGGAUAUGUUCAAAGUUGUGAAAAAUAAAGGAACCGGUGAAAUAUUUGUAAGGCGAGUUGAUGAUGACGACAAAGAAACAACACCCAGGAUGAUGCCAGAAGUUAAAGAAUCCAUAUACUGUCCAGUUCUAUCAUUCCAGAGGUACUUAGCCAAGCUCCAUCCAGACUGUGACAAACUGUGGCAGAGACCAAGGGAUGUGUUUUCCGACUCUGAUUCAACAUGGUACUGCAACAUCCCUGUUGGUGAGAAGAAACUGAGUAAAUUUCUCAGUACUUUGAGUAGAGCUACUAACUUGUCUAAAGUGUAUACAAACCAGUCCAUUAGAGUGACUGAUGCAUCCAAACUGUCUCAGUGUAUGUUUGGACAUUCACAUGUAACCCCCGUCACAGGAAACCAGCCCAUGCAGAACCUUAUCGUUUUCCAACAAGUCAGUGAUGCAGAGGAAAUUCAGACGGGUGAUCCAUCAUGCCCAGUAUCAUCUUUUAAGAAAUAUUCCUCAAAGUUGCAUCCAGACAACCCAAACUUUUGGCAACGUCCAAAGAAGAAGUUUAACAAAGUCAAGGACACAGAUGAAGAAUGGUAUGAUAAGGUGUCGGUCGGAAAAAAUGCUCUCUAUGCAUUUAUGUCGAAUCUGAGUGAGGAGGCUAACCUGAGUCAGAGGUACACAAACCACUGUAUCAGGGCUACCAGCAUCUCUACGUUAGACAGCCAGGGAGUGGAGGCUGAGGACAUCAUAGGGAUCAGUGGACAUAAACACAUACGCUCAGUAAAAUCCUACAAUUCCAACCUAGACGACCAAAAGAAACGGGAAAUGUCUGAUAUUCUGUGCCAAAAUCUUCCUUCAAAUUCUGCCAAGACUGGACGUCUAGAUACAGCAUCAUCAAGUCUGUCUCACACUAACUCCUGUACUGCAUCUGUAAAAGAGGACCAUUUUGCCGGGAUGAAUGAAUACAGAAAUCUAUUGGUGGGGGAUGCAGCCAGUGCGUGGAAGCGUUUGGUUGGACGAUUUUACUGGCUCAAUGACAGUGACAUUGCUAAACAUCUGAUUGAAGUUCACGAUUGCUAUUGUGGUGGCUCGUGUCCCCUUGAGAGAACACAUGAUGAACCAAAUUCAGGACCCCAAAGUUCAAGUAAAACACAUGUUAUAGAUUUGAUUCCGUCAACAGAGACUGACAAAGACAACAGGGACGUCUUACUCCAAUUAGAAGUUGAUGAAGGAGCAGAGUCCAUUGAUGAAGACUUAAGUGGUGACAGUGACCUAGAACAUGAUGAGGAGUUUGAUAUAAAACAAGAACAGGAGUCUGUGGACGAUGACACCCCGCCGACCUCACCUGAAUCAGCCUAUCCCAGAGAUGACCCAUUAGCUCCCUCUACCAGCUCCCAGGCCAGUGAUGCAGGAGGAGACAACCUCACACACACACUCACUGCAGUAAAACAAGAACCCGUGGAGACAUAUUCCAUGAAACCUGCACCAGAAACUGCCACAGCUGACAAAUCUUGGCCUCCAAAGAAUGCAAUAAACACUGGAUCUGAGAAUACUUCAAACCUCCCUUCUUCAUCCCUUUCAUCAGUGACAAGUAACAUAGCCCUCAAGAGUACAGCUCAAACAAAUCCCGUUAUUCCUAUAGCUCUCAUACAGAACAUUUUGCAAAAGUCAGGCAGGACUACAUCUAAUGUAAGACCUCCACCGCUGAACACAGUGACCCCUAGUGUUAGAGGUGUUCAUCCACUGCUGAACACAGUGACAUCUAGUGUUAGAGAUGUUCAUCCACCGCUGAAUACAGCGACAUCUAGUGUUAGAGAUGUUCAUCCACCUUUUUCACAAAACUCAGCUGUGACACAGAAUGUAGCAGUUACACCAUCUGCUAAUAUUGUCAGAGCACAAUUACCUCCACUGAACACUGCUGUUGUUGGAAAUGCUGGAAAUCUACCUCAGAGUAUUCCAUAUUAUACUAUACAAAGAGGAAAUACAUUAUAUCUGCAGCAAGCCCCCAACCCACGUGUUCUACAACAAGCCCCCACCCAACAUGUUCUACAGCAAGCCCCCACACCACAUUUUGUUCAACAGGCCUCCACCUCACAAUCUCCGGCUCAGACAUUUUUAAAUGUUAUCAGUUGUCAGAAUGCCACACUACCUCUUCCUCAGGGAGUUGACUUCCAGUCUUUGUCUCAGGUGUCACAAGGUUUACCUGUGGCUGCGCCUAAUUUUGGGACAUUACAAAGUAUUGACCCACUUUCUGUUCAGCCUGUGUGUGCCACAACUGCAUCAGGUACAACAUUACAAAGGGGAGAACAGCAAUGUUAUAAAGAUGACAAGCAACUGGACUGGGGGCAAGGGCAGAAAGACAAAAAGAAUGAGACAAGCCUAGGAAAUGCUCUAGCCAUGGAGGGAAACUUUACAAGCAGAGAAUCCGUGAAAAGGCCCCUGUCUGAAAGUGAUGAUGGGCCGGGCACCAGUAAAAGACUUGUUACGAUUAAAGAGGAAAAAGACUCCGAUGCAUGAAGAAAACAAUUUAAAUAUUCCAGAUUCAGAUCAUUCCAGAAUCUUGCAUCCUUGCCAGCUGUCACAUCACAAACUCUGUGUUAAAUGGAGCCAAGAUGGAGGGAAAAACCUUUUAGUGAAUUUUAUUUAUUUAUCAGUAUGAUUUUUAUUUUUUGUUCUUGUUAUAUUUGUUUUGAUGAGUUGAUGUUUUUUGUCAAAUAAAAGUAUAGAUCAAU